GUUCUGUUAUCUCACAGACAUGACUUGUCUCUCAGAUGGACCGCCCUCCAAUAUCUACAGUACGUUGUCAGGGCUGGAUUCAGCACACUGGGUUAUAAGAGUUGUAGACUGCAGGCAUUAGAGUUUGUUGAAGACUGUGUGUUGGACGUGUCUGAACAUGGCAGGCAACAUUAAGAAAUUCUACGACCUUUCUGCAAAACUCUUGUCGGGGGAACCCUUCAAAUUUUCCUCUCUCAAAGGUAAAGUUGUUCUUGUUGAGAAUGUUGCGUCCCUUUGAGGAACAACUGUCAGGGACUACACUCAGAUGAACGACCUCCAUUCGCGAAACUCUGCCGAGGGACUUGUUAUUCUGGGGGUUCCCUGCAAUCAGUUUGGGCAUCAGGAGAAUGGCGACAACGACGAGAUCCUGAAUUGCCUGAAGUAUGUCCGGCCAGGCCAGGGCUUCGAGCCGAAAAUCACCCUCUUGGAGAAGGCCGACGUCAACGGUCAGGAGGCACACCCUCUCUUCACCUUCCUCAGGGAGCGGCUCCCAUUCCCUCACGACGACGCCACCUCGCUCAUGGCCGACCCCAAGUACAUCAUCUGGAGUCCUGUGUCUCGCACCGACGUGUCCUGGAACUUCGAGAAAUUCCUGGUGGGUCGUGACGGACAGCCCUUUAAGCGCUAUAGCCGUCGGUUCCUCACCAAAGACCUGGAGGCCGACAUCAAGGAGCUCCUCAGCCGGGGCAAGUAAUCCACACUCUUCCAGACAACGCCCAUGUGGUCACAAAUGACGGGGGUGGUGAGGGGCAGAUAGUGAAUCCAGACGCCUGGAGAAGGUGAUAGGGUCGCUUGUGUGUCCUUGAUUAACCUCCGUCCCCACCCCACCCAGCAGUCUGUCUAUCCUUCCCCGUGAUGUCUGUUUUAGCAGCACGCCUGCACUCCACACAGAGGGGAACUACUGGUGGAGGGGGCAUGUUUAGUGAAUGAUGGCACUCCUUGAAAUCAUUGUGAGAGGAGUGCUUGAUGUAUUUGAAUGGCCUCCUUUUUGCUACAGUGUCUUGUUUAUGUGGAGUUGGUUGCAUAACAUUUUUCACCAAUAAACGUGAGUGUUUCAUAUGAA